AUCUUUUAGUUCACGGAUCCUUAAAACCCCAUAUAAAUUCAAUUGUUAUCCGGAUUCCAGGGUAAACAUGUCUACUGCAGGUAUUAAAGUUUAAUCUCACAGAAUCAGGACUUUAUGCUGUCUUGCCAUGGCUCACAAUGGCAAUCUCUGCAAAUGUUGGUGGGUGGAUUGCAGAUUCCCUGGUGAGGAAAGGCGUAUCAGUGACUGUAGUCAGAAAGAUUAUGCAAACAAUAGGAUUUCUUGGACCUGCUUUCUUUUUAACCCAGUUGAGCCAUGUUGACUCUCCUGCAAUGGCAGUUCUAUGUAUGUCAUGCAGUCAGGGAAGUGAUGCGUUUUCACAAUCUGGUUUGUAUUCAAACCAUCAGGAUAUAGCUCCACGGUAUUCUGGAGUACUACUUGGACUAUCUAAUACUGCUGGGGUGCUGGCUGGUGUUUUUGGCACAGCAACAACUGGUUACAUCUUGCAACAUGGUUCUUGGGAUGAUGUCUUUAAGGUUUCAGUUGGGCUUUACUUGGUUGGAACUCUAGUUUGGAAUGCCUUUUCGACUGGUGAGAAGAUUAUUGACUGACACUUCUAAGUGAUUUCCAUGGAGGCAGCAACUUAAGCCCUUCGAGUUAUGCUGGACGUUAGCUGCAAUCACGAAGGCGUGACUAUUCGAGUUGAAAGGAGUUUUAGACCGAUUUAGUCGAGAAUAGGUGGGAUUACUUUUGGCAUGCCAGAAGACAACAAUGGGGAACACAACUCUUUUCGACACUGGGUUGAUUAGACCAGGAGAUUCCAAGAUUUCCACGACUAUACCAGACUAUAUUUCACCUGAUGCAACAACCAAAUGAAGAAGAAUACAUUACUGACAUAGCUUGUAAAUCUGUGUAAAGUUACUAAUCAAAUUCUGCACUAGUAGUAUAUACCUAAAACAGUUUCUAUAUUUUCUUGCGUUGGGUAAGAAUUAUGAACCGACGUAUUUAAUUCCACUAACCAAUUUUUGGCU